GAACUUCAGACUAGCGUCAAGACACCCCACUCAAAGCCUUCCGGCAUGCAUCGUCGAGGCAUAUAAUUAGACUGUUGCGGCAGAGCAGCAUGAUCAUAGAUCUGCACUGGAAGCCUAUCCAGUGUUUUUCGAGCUUCUUGUGCUCAUCUGGCCACACGAGCAUCGACCACGUCGCUGUGUGAAGCCGCUGCUGCCUUCAGUUAUGCCAGAACGUUCCUUGUAGAUGCUGCAUCGUGCGCCUUACGCCAUCAUGACCCGCGAAAAGCCGUCGAGCUUGUGGAGCAGGGCCGUGGUCAGCAAUGCUCACAAAUUUUCGGAGCUCAGCAAGUGUCUGUCUGGCGCUCGGGGUUCUGCGGUUGGCACAGACCGAGCUGAAGCUAAUCUGGCAGCCAUAGAGUACAGGAGACUUACGAAGGAAUGGGAAGCUGUGGUGGCGGAAAUUCGCAAUCUUCACGGUUUCUCGCGAUUCUUGCUCCAACCCUCCUACAAAGACCUGCAAGCGGCAGCGAGCCAUGGACCGGUUAUCAUCCUCAUUGUCAGCAAAUACUCGUGCAACGCCCUCAUUGUCACGACGUCAGGGCAGUCCCACCAUGUUCCCUUCCCGCCUGUCAUUCUCGCAGAUCUCGAGAUGUUCAAGAUCGCCUUCACCAAAGAGAUACGGAACGCAGGUCUCAUGGGUCCAAUAGAGUCGAGGAAGGAUUUGCGACGUGACCUGAAAUUGCGACGCCAGUCUCGAAUAUGGCUGUGUCCGACGGCAGCCUUCACGUCUAUUCCUCUCCAUGCAGCUCACCCCUGUCGGCCAAAAGCAGAUCACUCUGGGCAGGAACCAUGUCUGGAGAAUUUCUACAUCUGUUCUUACACGCCCACACUGCCAGCUUUGAUCAGGUCUCGACAGAUGAUGAAGACGCGCGCAACUCCGUCCUUCGUGGCGAUAGGGCAAAGUCGACCAGGUGCUAGGCAAGGCAUGGUGCUCGCCGAUGUUGACAUCGAGCUAGAUCUUGUGCAUAAACUUGUUCUCUCCAACUUCAAGUUCAUCAAUCUUUCUGGCGACGACGCUACACGGACAGGUGCACUUCGCUUAGAUCAACCCCUCACGCUGCUCGACAUUAUGGAGAAUGACCCUCUGCAUGCCGAAUUCGCGUUCUUAUCGGCGUGUCAUACCGCCGUCGGCGAUGAGGAGACGCCCGACGAAGUCAUUCACUUCGCAGCUGGUCUGCAGUAUUCGGGGUUUAAGAGCGUCAUUAUUGACACUCUUUGGGCGGUCAAUGACGCUGUCGCAAAACACGUCGUCGAAGCUUUUUACGAGAAUAUGUUUAAGAAGGAGGGUGUCAUUGACUGUACAAGAGCAGUCUCGGCACUCAACUAUAUGCUACGGAUGCCGUGAAGAAAAAAAUCCCGCUUGAACAGAAAAUUGUUUUCAUUUAUAUUGGUGUGUAGUGACUAGUUCAUGUCGUAUCUCUCGUGCGGAUUUACAAGUCUUGAAUCUUCGGUUCUCUUCCAUCCAUGUCGUACUUUAAGUCGUUCUUAGAAAUUACGAUACAUACACUUGCACUGCAUCAGUCACGACUCACU